AUGUCCGGCAAGCUCGACCAGACUCUCGACGAGAUCCUCACCACCCAGCGACGCAACCAGCAGGGCCGUCGUCGUUCCACCCGGCGCACUGCUGGUAGCACCACUCGCGCCGCCCCGACUGCUCCGGCUGGUGGCGUUCAAAAAAGCACCAAGGCUACUCGUGGCGCCAACAAGCCGACCCCUGCUAAGGGCGCUGGUCAGACUGGCGAGAGCAAGAUCAUGGUCAGCAACUUGCCCAGGGAUGUUUCCGAAGCCCAGAUCAAGGAGUACUUCAGCCAGUCUGUCGGCCAAGUCAAGAAGGUCGAGAUCGCGUACGGCCCGGGCGGUCAGAGCCGUGGCAACGCGCACGUCACCUUCCAACAUGCGGACGGCGCCAGCAAGGCUUUUGCCUCCCUCAACGGUCUCCUCAUCGACAACAAGCCUGUCAAGGUUGAGGUUGUCGUUGCUUCUGCCGACCUUAUCCCGCAGCCCAAAACACUGGCUCAGCGUAUGACGCAGCCCAAGGCUCAACCUAAGUCGGCGGCCAACGUCAAGAAGGGUGCCAACGCGACGGGUAAGGGCGCCGCUGGCAAGGGCACCAAGAAGGCUGGUCGUCCCCGUCCCAACCGACCGGCGAAGAAGACGGCGGAGGAGCUCGACUCGGAGAUGGCGGACUACUUUGACACUGCCAACACAGAGAACAAUGCGGCUACGGCGACUGCCCCCGCUGCGGCUGCCACCGGUGGCGAUGCGGCGAUGGAGGAGGAUGUCCUCUAG